ACGUUGAUUUGAAUUGAAUGGAUGAUACCCUUAUCUAUCCUACGUUGACGUUCGUGCUCCCUUGCUUCCCCUCUGGCCUGACGCGCUGCAGCAACAAACUCGUGAAUAGCAAUGAUGUCAGAGCCGUCACUCCUGCACUGACAUGAAGUAUUGACAAUCAACCGUAUCCCCACCAUCCGCUCCACAGCCUAGCCAAUCGCUGACCGGAACACAGUCGUGGACCGUAAACGAUGCAGAAGACGAUCCUGCUGUGCUUUAUCCAUGGCUUCAAGGGCGGCGACGACACAUUCGGCACGUUCCCCUCGCACCUCAAGGCGCUCCUGCAGCACGCGCUCCCCAAAGUGACGGUCCUCACCAUCACGUACCCCAAGUACGAGACGCGCGGCGACCUGCACGAGUGCGUCGGCCGCUUCAAGGAAUGGCUGCAGGACAAGGUCAUUGACCUCGAGGUCGCCAAUGCAACGCCCUCGCCGACCGUCGACCCAAGCGUGCGCACCAUCCUGGUGGGCCACAGUAUGGGCGGCAUCGUCGCGGCCGAGACGCUGCGACGCAUCCUCGCCGAGCAGCCGGUGCCGAGUCUGCAGCGCUCGCAGACCGACGCCGAGACUGCGCCGCAGGGCCUGGCCGAGGGUAGCACGCUCAUGUUCCCGUACAUCCAGGGCCUGCUCGCCUUCGACACGCCCUUCCUUGGCAUUGCGCCUGGCGUCGUCGCCCACGGCGCUGAGAAGCACUGGAACACGGCCAGCUCCGCCUACGCCGCCUACAGCAACGUCGCCGGCGCGUUCGGCUGGGGCUCCAAAGACACCCCCACCGCCGCCGUCGACCCGAGCAGGCGCCUCCCCGCGCCCACUUCCAGCGCCGACGCCGCCUCCGCACCCCUCUGGCAGCGCUACGGCCGCGUCGCCAUGUUCGCCGGUGCAGCGGGCGCCAUCGCCGCCGGCGGCGCCGCAGCCUACAUGAAGAAAGACCAGAUCAGCCAGGGCGUGACGUGGGCGACCUCGCACCUGGAGUUUGUGGGCUCGCUCGCGCGUCCAGAGGAGCUGAAGACGCGCCUCGCGUCCGUCAUCCAGCUCUCGCGCGCGCACGGCCUGGGCUUCGCCAACAUCCACACGACACUCGGCCGCGCCGUCGACGCCCAGAAGCGCGAGUCCUGGACCGGCGCCGUGGCGGGGCGUGACCGCACCUUCUGCAAUCUGCCCACCGGCAGCGCGCGCGAGUUCUUCGUGCCAGCCGGCAACGACAAGCUGGAGGCUGAGACACUCGCACACAUGGCCAUGUUCAAUCCCCGCAGCAAUCCGGGUUACUACACCCUCAGCGAGACGGCCAAGGAGCUCGUCAGCGACUGGGUGCUGGGCGCGUGGUAUGAGGAUAGCGAGGGCCGUGUGCCUGGGGAGUGUGAGGGUGAGGCAGAGCUGGUUAUGAAGCCGUGCGAUGACGAGGUGCUGGGUGUGCAGGACUUGGAUGAGGGGUUUGAGCAUGUCAAGCGCGCCGAGAGCUGAUGCGCGGUGGGUCGGCGGAGAGAAGUGAUGCGCGGUGCAGUGGAUGGGGAGAGUGUCGGCGAGGAAGCAGAUGGAGAGUC